AGAUAUAUACAUGUGGUACACUUAGCAAUUCAUUUCAAAUGACAGGAAUAGUACAUUAUGAGCUCCUUCAAUUUGAAAAAAAACAAAUGAAGCUAUUCGACCAGGAUGCCUUGACAUAUCUUCAGGGGUGCCUUGGCAAAAUGCCUAAAAAUUGGCCAAAAACUGUAUACAAGUGAGUGGAUGGAUCAAGCCUGCCUUUUAGUUACACAAAGCCACAGGUUUUAAUUGUGCACCAUUACAACCUUCUAGCUGCUAGCAUCCUAACAACCAAUGACACCCAUCAGUUGA